UGCGGGAAAUAAAAGGACGAAGAAGACCGGGGCCGCCAGGGACAACACAACGACCACUAACUGCUAGCUAGCUUACCUGGCUAUGGCUUAAGUUAGUAACCCACAAACUAUGACCCCCUAUAUGUAAACAGAAGAGGGAACAAUAAAGCUACAGACUCUGAUAACGUGUUUCAUAUAGAUGCUGAGGGCAACCUUCCAGGAUGUAUGCUGUGUACAGACAAGCACACACCCCCACUGCGGUGGAGUUUUCUGUCUACUGCAACUUUAUAUCCAGUAAGGAGAAGAAUUUAGUUGUUGCUGGAACAUCUCAACUCUUUGUCUACAGGAUUAUCCACGAUGUGGAGAGUACGUCAAAGGCUGACAAGUCUUCAGAUUCCAAAUCUCGUAAAGAGAAACUGGAGCAGGUGGCAUCCUUUUCGCUCUUUGGCAAUAUUAUGUCCAUGGCCAGUGUGCAGCUUGUGGGAGCCAACAGAGACGCACUCCUUCUCAGUUUCAAAGAUGCCAAGUUGUCCGUAGUGGAGUAUGACCCCGGGACACACGACCUAAAGACUCUGUCCCUCCAUUACUUUGAGGAGCCGGAGCUCAGGGAUGGUUUUGUGCAGAAUGUACAUAUUCCCAUUGUCCGCGUGGAUCCCGAGAAUCGCUGUGCUGUAAUGCUAGUUUAUGGCACCCAGCUCGUGGUGUUGCCGUUCAGGAAGGACACUCUAACAGAUGAACAGGAGGGUGGAGUGGGAGAAGGACCUAAAUCCAGCUUCCUACCCAGCUACAUCAUUGAUGUCCGUGAGCUGGACGAGAAGCUGCUAAACAUCGUCGACAUGAAGUUUCUCCAUGGCUACUACGAGCCCACGUUGCUCAUCCUGUUUGAGCCCAACCAGACGUGGCCCGGGCGCGUGGCUGUGCGCCAGGACACCUGUAGCAUCGUUGCCAUCUCCCUCAACAUAAUGCAGAAGGUUCAUCCUGUCAUCUGGUCUCUCACCAAUCUGCCCUUUGACUGUACGCAAGUCAUGCCUGUUCCCAAGCCAAUCGGUGGUGUGGUGGUGUUUGCUGUGAAUUCAUUGCUGUAUCUGAACCAGAGUGUUCCACCAUAUGGAGUUUCUCUCAACUCUCAGACAAAUGGGACCACAGCAUUUCCUCUGCGUGUACAGGAGGAAGUGAGGAUUUCACUUGACUGUUCCCAGUCUGACUUUAUUGCCUAUGACAAGAUGGUCAUCUCUUUGAAAGGAGGAGAAAUUUACGUGUUGACCCUCAUAACUGACGGCAUGAGAAGUGUCCGGGCUUUCCACUUUGACAAGGCUGCUGCCAGCGUCCUGACAACCUGCAUGGUGACCAUGGAGCCUGGCUACCUUUUCCUGGGUUCCCGCCUCGGAAACUCCCUGCUGCUGAAGUACACCGAAAAACUUCAGGAGACGCCACCGGAGGAGGGCGACGAAAAGCAGGACCCAGAGAAAGAGAAGGAUAAAGAUAAACCGGAAGAACCCCCAAGCAAGAAGAAGCGAAUGGAAACUUCCACCAAUUGGACGGGUAUGUUUUUAAAUUUCAUUUUUGACGUGUCAGAAAUGUGUGCGCGUGUGUGUGAUCUGCCUAUCUGUGUUUCAUUCAACUUCUUUGUUUUGUCAGAUGAGGUGGAUGAGAUAGAAGUGUACGGAAGUGAGGCCCAGUCAGGCACUCAGCUGGCCACCUACUCCUUUGAGGUGUGUGAUAGCAUACUCAACAUUGGACCGUGCUCAAAUGCAUCCAUGGGCGAACCUGCCUUCUUGUCUGAAGAGUUCCAGAGCAACCCUGAGCCCGACCUGGAGGUUGUGGUGUGCUCUGGCUACGGCAAGAAUGGUGCACUCUCUGUACUUCAGAGAAGCAUCCGACCCCAAGUAGUCACUACGUUUGAGUUGCCAGGUUGCCAUGACAUGUGGACAGUCGUCUCAAAUGAAGUCAAGGAAGACAAAAAAGCCGCAAAAAGCGAUGAUUCAGAGGACGGGGCAGAGACAGAGACCGGUGAGGAUGGAGAAGACGGAGAAAAGGACAAGGAAGAGAAGGAGAAAGAGAAAGAGGAGGAAAAGACAGAGCCUCCCCUGGAGGAUGAUACGAAGAAGCACGGCUUUCUCAUUCUGAGCAGAGAGGAUUCAACCAUGAUCCUUCAGACAGGUCAGGAGAUCAUGGAGCUGGACACCAGUGGUUUCGCUACCCAGGGACCCACGGUGUUUGCUGGAAACAUUGGUGACAACAAGUACAUCAUCCAAGUCUCCCCCAUGGGUAUUCGGCUACUGGAAGGAGUGACACAGCUCCACUUCAUCCCCGUGGACUUGGGCUCUCCCAUAGUGCAUUGCUCCGUUGCGGACCCUUACGUGGUCAUCAUGACUGCAGAGGGGGUGGUCACCAUGUUUGCGCUGAAGACCGACUCGUACAUGGGGAAGACACACCGGCUGGCCCUGCAGAAACCACAGAUCCCCACUCAAUCCCGUGUGAUCACACUGUGUGCUUACCGGGACGUAAGUGGCAUGUUCACCACAGAAAACAAAGUGAGCUGCUCCGUCAGAGAGGACCCCAUCACCAGGAGUCAGUCUGAAGAAGAGACCAUCAUCCACGACCUCAGUAACACAGUGGACGAUGAGGAGGAAAUGCUGUACGGAGACUCAAACGCCAGCGCAGCGCAUGGAAGGGAUGAAAUGGGCCGCAGCUUCGGGGCACUGGGGCUUUCUGACGGAAGCUCGAGCAAAGCAGAACCCAGCCACUGGUGCAUUAUCAGCAGAGAGAGUGGAGUAAUGGAGAUUUACCAGCUCCCAGACUGGCGAUUGGUGUUCCUGGUGAAGAACUUCCCAGUGGGUCAGAGAGUGCUGGUGGACAGCUCGUCUGGCCAAUCGGCAGCACAGGGGGAGGCCAAAAAAGAAGAAGUCACGCGUCAGGGAGAGAUCCCACUAGUCAAAGAGGUGGCUUUGGUGUCACUCGGCUACAAUCACAGCAGACCGUAUUUGCUGGUUCAUGUGGAACAGGAGCUUCUGAUCUACGAAGCGUUCCCGUAUGAUCAACAGCAGCCUCAAAACAACCUGAAAGUGCGCUUCAAAAAGGUGCCCCACAACAUCAACUUCAGAGAAAAGAAAUCAAAGGUGAAGAAAGAUAAGAAGGCAGAGAGCGGCGCCGCCGAGGAGAGUUUGGCUGUGAAGAGUCGGAUUGCCAGAUUCCGAUACUUCGAGGACAUCUCUGGCUACUCGGGGGUGUUUAUCUGCGGUCCGUCCCCUCACUGGAUGCUGGUCACCUCUCGUGGAGCCAUGAGGCUUCACCCCAUGACCAUUGAUGGCCCCAUUGAGUCUUUCUCCCCCUUCCAUAACAUCAACUGCCCCAAAGGUUUCCUCUACUUCAACAAGCAGGGCGAGCUGCGGAUCAGUGUCCUGCCCACCUAUCUGUCCUACGAUGCCCCUUGGCCUGUCAGAAAAAUCCCGCUGCGGUGCACCAUCCACUACGUCUCCUACCACGUCGAAUCCAAGGUGUAUGCUGUGUGCACCAGUGUGAAAGAGCCCUGCACACGCAUCCCCAGGAUGACUGGAGAGGAGAAGGAGUACGAAACCAUAGAUCGAGACGAACGUUACAUUAAUCCUCAGCAGGAGAAGUUCUCCAUCCAGCUCAUCUCUCCAGUCAGCUGGGAGGCCAUUCCCAACACGAGGUUUGACCUGGACGAGUGGGAACAUGUGACCUGUAUGAAGACGGUGUCUCUGCGGAGUCAGGAGACGGUGUCCGGGCUGAAGGGCUACGUGGCGGCAGGGACCUGCCUGAUGCAGGGGGAGGAGGUCACCUGCAGGGGCCGGAUUGUGAUCCUGGAUGUGAUCGAAGUGGUGCCGGAGCCAGGCCAGCCCCUCACCAAGAACAAGUUCAAAGUGUUGUACGAGAAGGAACAGAAGGGCCCGGUGACGGCUCUGUGUCACUGCCACGGUUACCUGGUGACGGCCAUCGGACAGAAGAUCUUCCUGUGGGUCCUGAAGGACAACGACCUGACGGGCAUGGCCUUCAUCGACACCCAGCUCUACAUCCACCAGAUGUUCAGCAUCAAGAAUUUCAUCCUGGCUGCCGAUCUGAUGAAGAGCAUCUCGCUGCUGCGCUACCAGGAGGAGAGCAAGACGCUGUCUCUCGUCAGCAGGGAUGCAAAGCCCCUGGAGGUUUACAGCAUUGAUUUCGUGGUGGAUAACAACCAGCUCGGAUUAUUGGUGUCAGAUCGAGACAAGAACCUCUAUGUAUAUAUGUAUUUACCUGAAGCUAAGGAGAGCUUUGGAGGAAUGCGGCUGCUGCGGCGAGCGGACUUCAACGCCGGAGCGAACAUAAACACGUUCUGGCGGAUGCCGUGCAGAGGAGCGCUGGACGCCGGCAGCAAAAAGGCUCUGACCUGGGACAACAAGCACAUCACCUGGUUCGCGACCCUGGACGGAGGAGUGGGCCUGCUCCUCCCCAUGCAGGAGAAGACCUAUCGCCGUCUACUGAUGUUGCAAAACGCUCUGAACAGCAUGCUGCCUCAUCACGCCGGUCUGAACCCAAAGGCCUUCAGAAUGCUGCACACGGAGAGAAGAAGCCUGCAGAACGCGGUGCGCAACAUCCUGGAUGGAGAACUCCUCAACAAGUACUUGUACCUCAGUACAAUGGAGCGCAGCGAGCUGGCCAAGAAGAUCGGUACCACUCAAGACAUAAUCCUGGACGACCUCCUGGAGAUCGACAGAGUAACAGCUCAUUUCUGAGAGCCUACAUUCCCACGUCUCGUUCACCCAAUGCUGUUUUAUAUUGAAUGGAGAAGAGGUUUUGUUAUGGCCAUCUUUGUGCAAACCUGAUUUUGUUUUUCUUACUUGUUAGAUGAGAAAAAAAAAGAAAAGAGGGCAGACAUGUUUUCUUAGGAUAUUUUGUAUUAAAAAAAAAUAAAUGAAAAAAAAUCUGUGAAAGUAA